AUGGUUAUGAUCGCACCAAGCUCCUUUAUCGGCUUCGGCGACCUCACGACGGACCGCAAGGCCGACGCGGUCCCGGCCAACUGGCGCGACGGCAUCCCGAGCGGCGACGAGCGGUUGAGAGGAGGCCCCUUCCACCGUGACCCGCGGCCGCGCUCGUACACCGCGCCGCGGCCCGACUUCACUCCAUCUCAACAGAUCAAGGGCGGGCCGCCGGCCUACGCGCACCUCAUGGGCAAUCCUUGUGAGUGGAGUCUGAUGAGUUGCGACCGCGGGCCGUCGCAAGCCUCGAAGGGCUUCCGGUCCCCGGUCGGGUGGCAGCGCGGCCUUCAUCCCGAUCUAGCGGACAAGCUCUACGACGCGUCUCUGUCGAACAAUCAAGCCGUCUACGAGCGCUUCGCGAAGAACGUCCGCUAUUUAUUCAAGGACGGCGCCCCGCAGUGUACCGCUCUGGUCUAAGGGGAGGACUCGCGGCUUUAGCCCGCGCGGUGGGGGUUCGAUUCCCUCGGGCGGUUGAUGGGGCGCCGCGCGCAGGUUUGUUGGCGACGACACGCGUCGGAUCGCGCCACCACGACCGCCUCGUCAAGGGCUCGUCGCUCCCGGAGCCGCGAGACGUCGUCUCCAAGACGGGUGUCAGCAUCGGCGUCAUGGUGGGCUAUGAUUCUGGAGAGCCUCUGUUCGACGAUUCGACGUCUCAACUAGUCGAGCCGCCCUUCGGCGACAAGCACGGCAAGUCCCUCGCGCGCGUCGAGCGGGGCGCGGGCGACGGCCUCGUCGUCUACGUCUGCCUCGACCCCGCCCAUGGGACGCACCGCCUCUACGCGUGGCUCCGCCAGCGGUACUCCGCGCGCCAGCAGGCGGCGAUCUUCGGCCGGCUCGUCGACGCGGACCUCCUCGCCUAA